AUGGUUGAUCAACCGGAUGAAAUUUUAUCUCGUUUACGAGGAAUCUCGUCGGAUGAGAAAAGUGAAAUGGGAAAAUUAAAAUGUCGAAUUGACGAUCAAGCACGAUUGAUAAUGAUGCUGAAGAAACGAAAUGAUGAAUAUAUUUUAACAAAUAUGACUUUGGACAAACAUGUCAUCGAUUUAGAAAAUCAAUUAGACGAAUUAAGACAACAACUCAACGAAUCUGAAAAUCAAAAUCAACAAAUCGAAGUUUUAAAUCAAACCAUUGAACAGUUGAAAAACUCGAAUUAUCAAUGGCAAUUGAAAGAACAGGAAAAUAAAGACAAAGUUUCAUUAACAAAUCAACAAUUUCAGCAAUUCCAACUGCAAAUUUCGUCUCUGAAUGAACAAGUUCAAUCGAUGGAAAAAUUAUUAAAAGAUGCGAAUGAAAAGAAAGAUUUCAUGGAAAAAGAAUUUAAAGAAAAAUUUAUUUUCAAAGAGAAAAUUAUUCAAAAACAAAUUCAUCAAAUGGAACAAAUUCAAAAUCAAAUUCAAAAAACAGAAGAAAGAAUUGAAGAAAAACAAAGAUUUAUUGAACAAAUGGAAAAAACUCAUCGCAUCGACAUUCAACAAAUUGAAAAAGACAAAAAAUCUCUUGAAGAACAACUCAACAAAUUUCAAAAACGUCUUCAAGACUCGUCCGUCAACGAAGAUAAACUUCGUCAACAAUUGAAUAAAACUGAACAAUUAUUAAAAGAAGCCAAACAAAGAUUUAUAACUGAAGAAGAACGUGUCAAUUCAGAUAUUCGUAUCAAACAAAUUGAACAAAAGUUAAUUGAAAGUCAAACGAAAGUUGAUGAACUUCAACAAGAAUUCUUUGCGUAUAAAAAUUACACCGCAUCAUUACUAAAUAAAGAAAAACAAUUAAAUGAACGAUUACAACUUUUAUUAAAUGGAAGAACUUCAUAA